AAAACAAAGAGAUAUACAUGCACAACAACAGGAACAAAACACCUCAGAGGAGGAAUUCUUGGCAGUCGGCACAAUAAAUGUGCAUGAGAUGGGAAAUGACGACCAGAAAAAAAAUGAGGCAUACACAACAAUAAGAAUUCAAAAGAAGUCUGGCAAGAAACGAAUGAACAUUGACUUAAGGCUGAAGAUUGACACUGGAGCCCAGAGUGAUAUCUUGCCUGUCAACCUUUACAAGAAGAUGUUCCCAGAACACAUGACAGAAGAGGAUAAAAUCAAAGAAGGAAUCCUCACACCAAGUGAUGUAAUCCUCACUGCGUAUGGAGGUAAAAGGAUUCCACAACUGGGCAAAACAACAAUUACAGGGACACACAAAGGAAAAAUAAUCAAGUGUUCUUUUUAUGUCACAAGAACAGAGGGACCAGCAAUUCUUAGACUCGAUACCUGCAAAAAGCUAAAUAUUGUGUCAAUCAAUGGUGAAGUGAAGGCAACUCCGGGCAGGAUUGACAGAGAUAUGCCUAUCAAAGACCGACCACCCAUCACAAACAAAGAUGAAUUGAUAAGCAUGUACCCUGAAUGCUUUGACGAUACAUUUGGGUGCUUUGUGAAAUGUCGAUACCAUAUAACAGUCGACCCAAAUAUCAAACCAAUUGUUCACCCACCUCGCCGCGUCCCUCUGGAGCUAAAAGAGAAGCUGAAGACAGAGUUGGACAAAAUGGAAAAAAAAGAAAUAAUCACCAAAGUGACACGACCAACAGACUGGGUAAAUUCAAUCAUAAUCAAGGAAAAACCCAAUGGUACCCUACGGAUAUGCCUCGAUCCAAGGGACCUGAACAAGGCAUUAAAAAGAGAGCACCAUCCAAUUCCAACCCUUGAAGAAAUCACACCAUCAUUGGCUGGAUCUAAAUUAUUCAGCAAACUGGAUGCCAGUAAUGGGUACUGGAAUGUAAAGAUAGACAAAGAGUCAUCCAUGCUCACUACCUUCAACACACCACUUGGCAGAUAUCGAUUCAACCGACUCCCAUUUGGAUUGAAGGUGAGCCAAGAUCUUUUCCAGUGUCAAAUAGAUGAGACCUACCAAGGCUGCAAGGGAGCAAUCGGAAUAGCAGAUGACAUCCAAGUGCAUGGCAAGGAUGAGACCACACAUGACUUCAAUUUACAUGAAGCUAUGGAGAAAACCCGACAAGCAGGCAUCAAACUCAAUGCAAACAAGUGUGUGGUAAAAGCAAAGGAGUGCAAAUUCUUUGGAAUUAUAUACUCUGCAGAGGGAGUGAAACCAGACCCCGCUAAAGUGGAAGCCAUCAGAGACAUUAAAGAACCCAAAGACAAGGAACUCAGGAGCUUCCUGGGACUCAUCCACUACAUGGGAGCCUUCAUACCUAAGCUGGCUGAUCACACUGCAAAUCUCCGAGAACUAAACAAAGAUGACGUAGAGUUUGAUUGGUGUGCUUCACACACACAGGAUUUCGAAGCAAUCAAAAAGCUCAUCAGUAAGGAGACAACUCUGCAGUACUAUGACAGACGCAAACCAGUAACACUGCAAGUCGAUGCUUCUAUGAGAGGAGUUGGCGCAGCACUGAUACAGGAAGGUAAACCCAUUGCAUAUGCCUCGAAAGCUCUCUCACCCACAGAGACAAGGUACGCAAAUACUGAAAGGGAACUCUUGGCAGUAGUAUAUGGAUGGGAAAAGUUCCAUACAUACCUGUAUGGCAGACACUUCAAUAUUAAAACAGACCAUCGCCCGCUAGAACAAAUACAUAGAAAAAACCUCAUGAAAGCACCAGCCAGACUGCAAAGAUUACUGUUAAGGCUUCAAACAUACGACUACGAUAUCAGGUUCAAGUCAGGAAAAGACCUGAUAUUGGCGGAUGCUCUUUCCAGACUAUCCUCACAUGAUAAACAGGAGAUGGAAGGACUAAGCAUAAAGGUCCACCACAUUGUAAAUGUAACAACUACAAAGCUAGCAGAAGCCAAAGAGGAGACCAGCAAAGAUGAAGAACUCCAGCUCCUUACUCAGAUGGUGAUUCAGGGGUGGCCAGAAAAGAGACGUCAGGUGCAGCCCCUCAUUCAUGAAUAUUUGGCCAUCCAUGAUGAUAUAUCAGUGGAGAAUGGAAUCCUGAUGGCUGGAUCCCGAAUAAUUAUACCCAAGUCAAUGCAAAAAGAGAUUCUUGACAAGAUCCACCAAGGGCAUCUCGGAAUGGAGAAAUGCAAGCUCCGAGUCAAGUCAGCAGUAUAUUGGGUAAGCAUGUACAAAGACAUAGAGAAGACAGUUUCUACAUGCCACAUCUGUCAGAAGUACAGAAACUCACAACAAAAGGAGGAAAUGAUAUCUAGUGACAUCCCAAGAAGGCCAUGGCAAACUAUUGGAGCAGAUCUGUUCACAGAGAUCCAAGAAUGGUAUUUGAUAAUGGCCUGCUACUACUCCAAAUUCCAUUUGUGA